AUGGGCAAGGGAGUGUGGUUCGCGACAGCUUCGUUGGCGCUGGUGGGGACUCCUCCUCAUCCCUGCAGUAAACAGGGAUCUUCCGUACGAACUUCUCGGCCUUUCGGCGGCGGGUUCUGGGACCUCCGCUUCCCCGGUCCUGCCCCCAGUCGCGGGUGAUAAUAGGCAGAGGGACAAAGGAAUUUGGCCGAAUAACUUGUUGAAGAUCGUGAUGAAUCUGAGCUGGAUAAGUGGAGCAAUGAGAAGAGGAGAUGCCUGCUUGGAGAGGACUGAGAGUAAGAAGAGGAGCUUCCUGAAUCUCCCACUUCCUGGAUCUUGGGCAGAUUUCUUGGCAUUUUCACAGGAUGGCAGCUCCAGAUCUGUCUUCCACAUUUGCCGUGUCUACCCUGGACCCUGCUUUUCUCCAGGAUUCAGAAAUUCCUCUUUCUUCGGAAGACCAUUCCUGUCCCCAGAGUGUGGACCUGUUUCCUUGCAAUGACCUGGAGCCUCAAAUGCCCACCAGGGCUCGGUCCCAGGAGUCGGUGACUUUCCAGGAUGUUGCUGUGGACUUUACUGAGAAGGAGUGGCCCUUGCUGGAUUCUUCUCAGAGGAAGCUGUACAAAGACGUGAUGCUGGAGAACUAUAGCAACCUCACUUCAGUGGGAUAUCAGCUUGGCAAGCCCAGCCUCAUCUCCCACUUGGAGCAAGAAGAGUUGCUGAGGACGGAAGAGAGGGGAUCUCACCAAGGCACCUGUCCAGAUUGGGAGAUUCCAUCUAAAACAAAAUGGUCAAUUCUUCUGGAAGAUAUUUUUGGGAAGGAACUGUCCAAUGGUGUGACAGCGGAAAGAACUGGGCUUGGUGAGAAACCCACUGAAUAUGCUCACUUUUUUGAUGUCUUCAGUGUGGGGGCUCAUCUUACUCAGCAAAUGGGAAGUCGCAAUGGGAAGAGGCCCUAUCACCUCCGUGACUAUGGGGCAGCCUUCAAAGAUGGCUCACAUCUCACCCAAAACAUGGGCAUUUAUGGUGGGAGAAACAUGUAUGAAUGCCAUCAGUGCCAAAAAGCCUUCACCACAAGGUCUUCCCUCACACGCCACAGGAGGAUACACACCGGGGAGAAGCCCUAUGAAUGCAGUGCCUGUGGGAAAGCCUUCAAUGAUCCUUCAGCUCUUCGGAGUCAUGUGCGAACUCACACCAAAGAGAAGCCCUUUGAGUGCAGUCAGUGUGGAAAUGCAUUCCGCACCCUGUCUGCCCUGAAGAUACAUAUGCGAAUUCAUACCGGGGAGAGGCCUUAUGAGUGUGACCAGUGUGGGAAGGCCUAUGGCAGGAGCUGCCACCUCACUGCACACAAGAGGACACACACUGGAGAGAGGCCUUAUGAAUGUCAUGACUGUGGGAAAGCUUUCCAGCACCCUUCACACCUUAAAGAACAUGUCCGGAAUCAUACUGGGGAGAAACCCUAUGAGUGUACACAGUGUGGCAAAGCCUUCCGCUGGAAAUCUAACUUUAACUUGCACAAGAAAAACCACAUGGUAGUGAAAACAUAUGAAUGUAAAGAGUGUGGGAAAGUCUUUGGUGAUGUCAUAUCACGGAGGAAACAUAUGCGAAUUCAUAUUGUCAAGAAACCUGUUAUCUGUAGCAAGUGUGGAAAAGCCUUCAGAAACCAGUCGAUCCUUAAGACACACAUGAAUUCUCACACUGGGGAGAAGCCGUAUGGGUGCGAUCUAUGUGGGAAAGCAUUCAGUGCAAGCUCAAACCUCACUGCGCACAGGAAAAUACAUACCCAAGAGAGGCGCUAUGAAUGCACCGCCUGUGGGAAGGUCUUCAGUGAUUAUUUAUCACGAAGGAGGCAUAUGAGCAUUCAUCUUGUAAAGAAACGCGUUGAAUGCAGGCAGUGUGGAAAAGCCUUCAGAAACCAGUCCACCCUUAACACGCACAUGAGAACUCACACAGGAGAGAAACCAUAUGAGUGUGAUCAUUGUGGGAAAGCCUUCAGCAUUGGUUCUAACCUUAACGUGCACCGGAGAAUACACACUGGAGAGAAGCCGUACGAAUGCCUUGCCUGCGGGAAAGCCUUCAGUGACCAUUCAUCCCUGAGGAGUCAUGUGAAAACGCACCGGGGAGAGAAGCUCUUUGUGUCAUCGGCGUGGAAGAGGCUCCAGUGAACAUACUUUCUUUAAGAGAAACAUGAGAGUUCAGGCUGGAAAGAAACCUUGUAGAUACAAGGGAGGCGGGAAAGCCUUUAUGGUCUCUCACUUUACUGGACAAAAAAGAAUACAUGUAACUUGGGAGAAACCCAAUUUGUGUAAUAACUGGGAAGAUGUGUUGUUUGUCACUACUUAGGAGACCUGUGAGAACUCAUGCUGGGGAGAAAAUGUGUAUCUGUGGUGUGGAGAAGCCUUCAGUGUACAUGCAGCUCUUAUCAAAAUGACGUAUGGAGAGAAACCCUUGCUUGGUAUUUAACGUGGAAAUAUUUUUAGCACCACCUCUCACUUUUUGGAUAUAAGAGUACACACACUAGGGAGAAUCUCUGUAAAUGCAAUGACUGGGAAGCCUUUCCUGGUCUCACUGUAUUCCUCAUGACAGAAAUCACACUGAAGAGAAAAACCUAUAUAUAUAUAUAUAUAUAUAUAUAUAUAUAUACACACACACACACACACACACACACAAAGGACUGUGAGAAGGUCUACAGCAGGGGCCAGUAAACUGGCCCAUAGCCUGUUUUUAUAUGGCCUACAAACUAGGAAUAUUUUUUUAUUAUUUUUAAAGAAGAAGAAUGUGACCAAGACCAUAUGUGGCCCACAAAGCCUGAAAUACUUGCUGUCUGGCCUUUACAGAAAAACUUUGCCAAUCCUUGGUCUACAACAGUGCUUCUCAACAGGGGCCGAUUUUGUAGUCCAGGAGACAUUGGGUAAUGUCUGGAGACAUUUUUGGUUCUUACAGCUAGCGGGGAGGUACUACUAAUACCUAGUGGGAAGACCUGAGGAUGCUGUUAAAAGUCCCACAAUGCACAGGAAAGAGUCCUUGGGUGGUACAAACGGUUAAGUGCUCAACUACUAACCAAAAAGUUGCUGGUUCAGAC